GGAUAUUUGUCACAAUCAGUAAUAAUUGUAUACGCAGUUAACUGCAUCUGUAUGGACUAAGUAACCCUUCACUAGAUUUUAUAAUGCGUAUUUUGUUGCAUAUUGUUUUAUUUAUUCAUUUCGUGCAUGCCAGACCAGGAAAAUUUGGUUGUGUGUAUGAAGGCAAACACUAUAAAGUUGGUGAAAAGAUAAACGACUACGGAAAUUAUGGACUUCAGUGUGGAAAAUGGGGGAUAACAGCUUGGGAGAAUUACCAAGACGAAUUACAGAAGCAAAAGACAACGAAGCUCUCAACAUCAUCAACAGAACCAACGACAACCAAAGAAGAAGACAUGUGUAUAUAUGAAAACAGGUCAUACAGAGUUGGUUCUCUUAUAAAAUACUAUGGAACAUAUGGACUUGCAUGUGGAUACUGGGGUAUCUAUGCAUAUAACAGCAAGAAAGAUAUUAACUGGUAGCUUUUGAGCACUUUUAUAAUACUGGUUUACAGAUUGUCUAAAGAACGCUCUCGAUUCAACGACUAUUUCUAUUGUUAAUUUUGUGUAUCUUAAUAAAGCCUCUUCUGACUUCA